GCACAAUUCACCAUGAAAGCCUAAAUUUACCAUUUUUGGCAAGUAAAAUAAUCUGUCAACAUCAGAAGGUGCCAACUUCAAUACUCAAACAUCACAUGAAACCAAAUUUUAAGGAAGAAGCCAACACAAAGACAAUAAAAUUAAUCAAAAAUAAACAAAGGAGAGAGACAGAAGAAACAGAGAGAGUAGUUAAUUCCGGUGGUUUUCUGCUCAUCUACUUCUAUCCACCUUCGUCCCUUCCGCCCCAAAAUUCAAUUCUCUCUUCCUUUCUCUCUCUUUCUCCUUAAAAACUCUAACUUUACUCAUCUCAUCUCCAAAGUCUCAACCUUUCUUCUCUAAUGGAGAUCUGCACUUACUUCAAAUCACAACCCACUUGGCUCCUCAUUCUCUUCGUUCUGGGGUCAAUCUCAAUCUUCAAAUUCAUCUUCACCCUCCUCAGAUCUUUCUACAUCUACUUCCUCCGACCAUCCAAAAACCUCCGCCGAUACGGUUCAUGGGCAAUCAUCACCGGACCAACAGACGGAAUCGGUAAAGCUUUCGCCUUUCAGUUAGCCCAGAAAGGUCUUAACCUUAUACUCGUUGCUCGUAACCCAGACAAGCUCAAAGAUGUCUCUGAUUCCAUCAGAUCUAAGUAUAGUCAAACUCAGAUCUUGACCGUUGUGAUGGAUUUCUCUGGAGAUAUUGAUGAAGGUGUGAAACGGAUUAAGGAGAGUAUUGAAGGAUUAGAUGUUGGGAUUUUGAUUAAUAAUGCUGGCAUGUCUUAUCCUUAUGCUAAGUAUUUUCAUGAGGUUGAUGAAGAGUUGAUCAAUAACUUGAUUAAGAUCAAUGUUGAAGGAACUACUAAAGUUACUCAAGCUGUGUUGCCUAAUAUGCUUAAGAGGAAGAAAGGUGCUAUUAUUAAUAUGGGUUCUGGUGCUGCUGCUCUUAUUCCUUCUUAUCCUUUUUACUCUGUUUAUGCUGGUGCUAAAACGUACGUGGAUCAGUUCACAAAGUGUCUACAUGUUGAGUAUAAGAAGAGUGGGAUUGAUGUUCAAUGCCAGGUUCCCUUGUAUGUUGCAACAAAGAUGACAAAAAUAAGAAGAGCAUCCUUCUUAGUUGCAUCACCAGAGGGUUACGCAAAGGCAGCACUGCGUUUUGUAGGCUAUGAAGCACAAUGCACACCGUACUGGCCUCACGCUCUCAUGGGUGCAGUUGUCUCUGCAUUGCCCGAAAGCGUUUUUGAAUCAUUUAACAUCAAGAGAUGCCUCCAGAUCCGGAAGAAGGGUCUCCAAAAAGACUCCAUGAAGAAAGAAUGAAUCUUCCAGGUUUAAGUUACUACCAAGAAUUUCCUUCUUCUGAAGUUGUUGGUUUCUUGAAAAGCUUCUGUUCUGAAUCUUUUGUAAGACUUGUACUCUUUAGUUUUCUAAGUUUUUUAUAUUUUAAGAUUAAAAACCCUAACGUACACGAAUAAUUUACUUCCUCUGUUUCUAUUUAUUAAUUUAAGCAGUGUUGUAUUGAAUGUGUUUUUGCUUAUGGUUUGCGUCUCUUCAAGGUUCUUCGCAAUAAUGCCUCCUCUAUAGGUCGCUGUUAUGCCAUAGUCAACGGUAACAUUGGUAAUCUUUAACUCAAAACAAAACAGACGUUAUGUCACGUUGACAGGUAUAAGUAACGUAUUUCACUGAUGCUUAGGCACCCAAACCAUGUGGCCAUUAACUUAACUUGUUAGUUAUAGGGGCUGGACAUAAUAUUCAUGACCCGUCUUCGAUCAGUAUCCGAUUUGAAUCCGUCUCGGAAAAAGCUUAUAUAAAGGUCAGAUAUAAGUACCGGCCCCAUACCCGCA